GGCACCAAGAAGAUGAAGCACAAGGGCUACAACUGGCAUGAGAAAUGUUUCUCUUGUCACCGUUGCCAGCAGCCCAUUGGCACCAAAACCUUUGUGCAGAAGGAGGGGAGCAACUACUGCUUGCCCUGCUAUGAGAAGCAGUUUGCCCUGCAGUGUGUUGACUGCAAGAAGCCAAUCACCACGGGAGGAGUGACCUACCGUGACCAGCCCUGGCACAAAGACUGCUUCGUGUGCAUCGGAUGCAAACAGCAGCUGUCGGGCCAACGGUUCACCUCUCGGGACGACUUUGUCUACUGCCUGAACUGCUUCUGCAACCUGUUUGCUAAGAAGUGUGCCUCCUGUACCACCCCAAUCAGCGGUCUGGGCGGCAGCAAGUACAUCUCCUUUGAGGAGCGCCAGUGGCACAACGACUGCUUCAACUGCAAGAAGUGCUCUGUGUCUCUGAUCGGUCGGGGUUUCCUGACUGUCCAUGAUGACAUCCUUUGCCCCGAUUGUGGCAAAGACAUCUGA